AUGGCUGAAGAAAAAACCUUUCGCUAUGGACUUAUUGUCCUGGGAUUCUUUCUGGUCAUGAUUGGCAUGUUCAUAAUGAGUGUGGAGAAACCACAAAUUUAUAUCACCUUCUGCACCCUGGGAGUCUUGGUCAUUGCUGUGGGCAUCACCUGGAGCAUGUGUCAGUGCUAUCCAAAGAUCAGAGUUGUUUCUAUUGACUCCGAGUCUGAGAAGUUCCUUGUAAAGAAGUUGUCUGCUUCACCAUCAAUUGAAAAUGAGAUUCCUGAGAAGAAAAGUUUGGAAACCCCAUAUACAAGCCAGAAAGAAGCUGACAUAUAUGAGAAAAGCCUGCCAUCUUAUGAGCAGAUCCAGGCAAAGAGGGACAAUUCUGCAGAAUGCAUGGGAAUUUUGCUUGCCUCAGUGCCACUGGUCAGGGCAGGAAGACAUAUCCAGCCUCAUGUACAUGCCAAAGCAGAGGUCCAUAGAGACUCAGAGAACAAUGGGAGCCUUAACAGAGAUCCAACAACAGGACUGAACUGCCCAUCUGAGAGGUUUCCAAAGACUGCACCAUUAGCAUCUCUUCAAGAGGAAGUAGACACUUCUUCAGUGGACUCUACUUCUAACAGCCCAUUUUUACAGAGAUGGAAAGAUGCACCAAAUCCUGUGUCUCUAACAGGAAACCAACUCCAGUUCAAGCUUCCUUCAUAUGAAGAUUUUGCCUUGAUUGAUUCCCUGGCGGUAGAAGGUCAGGGGCAGAGCAAUGAAAAUACAGGCCAGAGCCAUUGUCCUGUUCCUCCUACAGCAGGUGAUGGCAUUGUGGGAAUGGCAGGUUCUAGGCCUCUGGAAUGCAGCAGAACCUUGCAGAAUGUAGAAGAGGAUGAUUUGUACUAUGGGAUACAAGAGGGUCCAAGAGACAUCCUUACUUCAGUUGUUGCUGUUGCUGAACCAAAACCAUAAGCCCCCCAAAUGGGAAAUGACAGAAGAGCUAAAGGGCUCGACAUUUUUACAGUUCAAAUCCAGGGAGAGUGAAGGGGGAUGGAAAAGAGAUAAUUCAACCAAAUUCACAGCAUAAGGCUUAUUUUUACUGUGGGAUGGAAAAGAAAAAGGAUGUGGGAAUAUAAAAAUAGAUAGAAUGUCCAAGGAGAGUAAGAAGUAGUAAAAUGAAAUAGGUCAGAGUGAAAAUAGCAUCUAUUUCUAAUCCAAGAACAAUGUGGUGUGCAUGCAUGCCCCUGUGUGUCUGAAGUCCUAAGGAGAUGUAUGUGUGUUUAAUGUCAAGGACCAUGGAUGUGUGUUAAUGAAAGUAGUAGCCUAU